AUGAAGUUAUUGAGACAAAGUCUGUUUGCCCUCAUCGCUGCGGGAUCAACUCGACGAUCUGUAGCGUUUGUCACUCCCAAAUUAUUGCCACCAGUUUCCAUUGCUAAUAGCCGACUGUUCGAGUCAAAAGCAGGCACCACCGAUGAUAUCCCCAUGGCCGAAAAAGUCUUGAUGGCACCCAAGUGGCCUCCAGAGUGGCCCUACUCGGACACUGAUUUUGCUCGAAUGGACGAAAGUGACGACAAGAUCUUUUAUGAUCAACCGCGUUUGGUGUAUCAUAUUGAUGAUCCUGCCGUAGAGGCAUUAACCCAAUAUUACGCGGAAAACUUCAAGGAUGGAGAAGAUAUCCUAGAUAUUUGCAGUUCCUGGGUGAGCCAUUUUCCCAAAGAAUUCAAGGGAGGAAAUGUCGUUGGUUUGGGGAUGAAUGAGUAUGAAUUGAGCCAAAACAAACAGCUUUCUUCCUUUGUUGUCGAGGAUUUGAACGAAAAACCAGUUUUUCCGUUUGAUGACGAAUCUUUUGACAAAGUUACCUGCGUUGUGUCAGUCGACUAUCUAAACAAACCAUUGGAAGUCUUCAAAGAAAUUGGGCGAGUCCUCCGACCUGGAGGGGAGUGCAUUCUGUCCAUGAGCAACCGAUGUUUCCCAACGAAGGCAUUUCAAAUUUGGCUUCAGACAUCAGACCUGGAACACGUCUUCAUUGCUGGAUCGUUCUUCCAUUACGCCGGGCUAUUUGAGCCUCCCAGCAGCAAAGAUAUUUCGCCCAAUCCAGGUCGAAGCGAUCCUCUCUACAUCGUCAAAGCGACCAAGAAAUCAUAG